CGCGCCGGCGGACCCGCACCGCUGCGCGGUGCCGGUGCUCAAAGGCCUUCUUGCCUAUCACGAGCUGCGAGGUGCGCAGAUCGACGCGCGUGGCGCCCGCCGCACGCAGGGCCUGGAGACGGGCGAGCUGCGCGUGGCGCUCGGCUUCAAGAGCCUGUGGCUCAAGCUGCUGGACACCAGCAAGACUUGGGGCGCUGUGGUUGGGAGCUUAGGCUUCUGCGACUGUCCGACGCUCAGCCGCCAGCAGGUGGACCAGUCCGUAGUCGCGGUGGGGCUGCACGGUCCCCACUUCGCCGCCCGCAUGGGCGAGCCCAGCUCCAUUGAGUUCCAGUCGGUAGCCGCGCUGCGAGGUUGUGACGAGAUCUGGGGGUUCGACGUCACCAGGCCGGUGGAGGAGAGGCUGCGUGGGUUCAUUGCCGCCAGCUCGAUGGAGCGUUCGAGGUGCGCCCCGUUGCAGGCCGCGUUCCUCUCGGUGUGCGCCCAGAACUACCUCGCGCGGCAGCAGCCCCUCAAGGCCAGGGACGCGCUCCACUUGGCAGCGAUGGUGUCGCUGCUGGCGGGCGACUGCAGCGGCGAGCUCACGGUGCCCCCCCCGCUGGCCUCGGCGGACAUCCUGUACAACCACGCGCGGGCGCAGCGCUACGCGCGGGAGGUCGAGGCCGGGCGCGCUGCCCUCCACGAGAUGGCCUGGAGGCCCUCCCCG